UCUUGGGCUUCCAAAUGAUCAAGACAGACCUGCUUCGAACGGGGUGCCAGAAGCAUUCUAUCUCCGAAGAGUUAUUACACGUUGCCGGUCAAUUGGAAGUUCUAGCACGGGUUCAUCUAACUCAAGCCCGUGCCGAGUACGAUGAAUAUCGGCAACGUUCCAGUCCCUACGACUUCGAACGCUACAUCAAUACGGAUGUCAUGGAAAGCUUUGGGACGAGAGUAUGUCCUUGAUAUGGUGUCCAGCUACGCCAGGUGAUCAGCAGCAACAGCUCGCAGCGGCAUUGAUGAGUUGUUUGUGUACAUCGCAUACCGAGAGGGCCCUCUAUUACUCCUGCUCUCCAGGUAUCAGUUUUCCCUGGAGAGUCAACCCGUAAGCGCAUCGCCCAUUGCCUCAAGCGUGGCAGAAGUCCCGAAGUACAGAUGGGCUGCAUAUUCUCUUCGUCUCUCAUCUGUCAAAUCAUCACGGGGUGGCCGCUCACUGGCGAAGGUCAACCGCAUAUAUCGCAUACUUUCAACGAAUCAACUCUUGGCUGGGUGAGAGCUCCUCUUAGCUACUUUGCAGCACUGGAGGACAUCGCCUCGGUCCUUCGGUUGGUCUUGUCGCAAGCCGUGGAGCCCACCAUCCUGUUUCUUGACCGAGUUGAUGAUUUGAAUGGGUUUGAACUGAACACUCUUGUCACCGAGCUCCAGAAUCUGAGCCUUCCCUUCGAUAAGACCUCAGGGGUUGUCUUGUCGGGGAGAUACUCGGAAGGGACUAUGAAGCAUUUUGGUGACUUCCCUCAGGUCGACCACUUGUUAGAGUAUCGAGCCGAUGUCUUGCAGAGUGUACCAAAUCGUUAUGCUUCCGACGAAAUCAACGUCAGGAGAGAUCAAGCCGAUGAUGCAGCGAAAGGGUCGAACGAAUGGACUUGGAACCAGCUUUCCUACCGGGGGUUUGCGGCACACGGUGCAAGUCUCCUCUGGAUCGAAGGGAAGGCAGGCAGUGGGAAGAGUGUUCUUGCGAAGUGCGUCGUUACACACCUACGCUCGAACCAUGUUCAAGGCGAGGUUACGGCUCUAAUCAAGUGCCUGUCGAAAACUUACAAGGAGCUCGCCUUACAGCACUAUCUCGGCCUCGCGAAAGAAGCAGCUACUGUUCGCAGAGUCAGCGGAGCCAAGAAUAAGGUAGUGCCAUUGAAUGAUUCGAGUCUGCUCACAGCCGAGCUUCCCAGGACGCCAAAGGAGACGGAGCAAGAAACGCAAGCCAUGACUGGAGUCAUCAACUUUUUCGAUCGCAAAACGCUUCUCCCUUGUGCCAGCCAGAUGCUUCACGGGCAGGAAAAUUUGUCCGGCUUUCAUGGAGAAUGA